GCCCGGGAGAUUCAGGACAGGACAGGGGCCUGCUGGAGUUUGCACUCUGCCCCGAGGUCAUGCUCUCUACUGAGAGAAAGCUGGCUCUCUACUCAGAGAAAGCUGGCCGCAGCUUUUAGAGGCUGCCCCUCCGCAGAGAGUUACCCUAAGACAGAAUUUGAGCAAAGUUAGCUGUAGAUUGAAUUCGUUUGUAGUGUUUACGGGCUGCUCCCCAGUGGGUCUAGGCACGGUACUAUUCAUGCUUCUCAGGUGCGCUGAACUCUGGACAGGAAAUUCUUAGCAAGAAGGCUGCCGCUGAUCUACACCCAAGACCUUAAUUCUCCCUAAUGAUCGCAGUUGCAUUGAACCCUAUCCUCCUGGCUCAUGAGUCUUGGCAGUAAUCGGGACAGUAGGCUAGUCCAUUAUGCCCAGCAUGAAACUGAAUUUUUAAAGUGGAAACAAGAGGGAUAGAGACAAGGAACAGACUGGUGAAGGUGGAGUCACCAGCUACUUUGUUGGAGACUGAAGAAGAGAGGAAAUCUACCCAUAAGACCAGGUGGACUGGAAUCUCCCAGAGAGAAAGACUGGAAGAAACGUCAGAACGAUAACGAAGCAUAACAAAGGCCUGAUUUGUGUCCCAGGAACUUUCUAUGCACACAUUGCCCUGUGUGCUCACAACCUUGCUUCUGAGAAACAGGGUGGCAAAACAAUUCGGUUGACAAUACCAUGGGAUCUACACCAGAAGGAAGAGACAGUGCUUUAUGGCCAGACACCCCUAAGGGCCCCCUUAGUGCCUACCGAGCAAGAGCUUCCUUCAGCUCCAAGGAGCUGCUGCUCUUCUGGGAUGGUAAGGAUGUGCUCCACUUCAAGAAAACCAUCUUCAAGACUUUGGAGAAUGACCCUCUCUUUGCUCGCUCAUAUGGGACCGAUCUGCCUCUAGAGAAGCAGCGGGAGCUGAACUUCCUUCGCUGCAAGCGGGUCUUGGAGUAUGACUUCUUCCACCUGGAAGAACUGUUGAAGGAACCCCUGAAGAUCCCAGCACUGAUUCACUGCCUGGGCAUGUACGACUGGUCCCUGGCUUACAAAUGUGCCCUCCACAUUUUGGUUUUUGGAUCUGCAAUUUUCAAUUCUGGUUCUGAGCAGCGUCUCAAGUACCUUGAAAAGAUCUAUAGCUUGGAGAUUUUUGGCUGUUUUGCUCUGACUGAACUGAGUCAUGGGAGUAACACCAAGGCCAUGCGAACAACAGCUCAUUACGAUCCUGCCACCCAGGAGUUCAUCAUACACUCCCCGGAUUUUGAGGCUGCCAAGUUUUGGGUGGGCAACAUGGGCAAGACAGCAACGCAUGCGGUGGUGUUUGCUCAGCUGUACAUGCCAGAUGGCAAGUGCCACGGGCUGCAUUCCUUCCUGGUGCAGAUUCGGGACACGAAGACCCUGCUUCCCAUGCCAGGGGUGAUGGUCGGUGACAUGGGGAAGAAGCUGGGGCAGAAUGGCCUGGAUAAUGGAUUUGCCAUGUUCCACAAAGUUCGAAUUCCUCGCCAGAACCUCCUGGACCGGACUGGAAAUGUUACCUCUGAGGGCACUUACAGAACCCCCUUUAAGGAUGUCCGGCAGCGUUUGGGAGCAUCCUUGGGCAGCCUGUCCAUAGGACGUAUUUCCAUUAUUGGCUUCUCUGUGGUCAACCUGAAGCUGGCAGUGUCCAUAGCACUCCGAUUCUCAGCCACACGGUGUCAGUUUGGACCCACAGAUGAGGAAGAAAUUCCUGUCCUUGAAUAUCCACUGCAGCAAUGGCGCCUACUUCCAUACCUGGCAGCUGCCUAUGCCUUGGACCACUUCUCCAAGACACUCUUCUUGGACCUGGUAGAGCUACAGAGUGGCCUGAUCCAGGGAGACCACAGUGUCAGGCAGGCAGAGCUUGGACGUGAGAUCCAUGCACUGGCAUCGGCUGGCAAGCCCCUAGCCUCGUGGACAGCUCAACGAGGAAUCCAGGAGUGCCGUGAAGCAUGCGGGGGACACGGCUAUCUGCACAUAAAUCGGCUUGGUGACCUCAGAAAUGACAAUGAUCCAAACUGCACCUAUGAGGGUGACAACAACGUCCUACUACAGCAGACCAGCAACUACCUGUUGAGCCUCCUGGAGCACCGGCUCCAAGAUGGAGCUGCCUUCACAAGCCCUCUCAAGACAGUGGACUUUCUGGAAGCGUAUCCUGGAAUCUUGGGCCAGAAGUUCAUGGGCUCCAGCAAAGCAGACUGGCUGGACUCCGCAGCUCUCCUGGCAGCAUACCACUGGCUUGUCUGCUACCUGCUCCAAGGAAGUCAUCAGAAAUUCUGUCAAGAGAAAAAGUCUAGAGGCAGUGACUUUGAAGCAAGAAACCACAGCCAGGUGUACUACUGUCGGCCCCUGGCCCUGGUCUUCUUGGAGCUCACUGUGGUGCAGCGAUUCCACGUGCACACACACAGCUCCAGCGUGCCUCCAUCUCUGCAGGCUGUGCUUAAGCGGCUCAGCACACUCUAUGGCCUGUGGUCCCUGAGCCAGCAUACAGCCCUGCUCUACCAAGGUGGCUACAUUUCUGGUGAACAAGCAGGAAGAGCGAUGGAGGAUGCCAUCUUGGCACUGUGUAUGCAGCUGAAAGAUGAUGCGGUGGCCUUGGUGGACGUGAUCGCCCCUUCUGACUUUGUUCUGGGCUCCCCAAUUGGCAAAGCUGAUGGUGAGCUCUAUAAAAACCUGUGGUCAGCUAUCCUGCAGCAGGACGGUGUGCUGGAGCGUGCCACCUGGUGGCCUGAGUUCACUGCCAACAAACCUGUGGCCAACAGGCUGAAGUCCCAGCUGUAGACGUGGUGGGAGAGGUGGCCACAGCAGAAGCAGCCGAUCCAGUGGCCUGGACCCAGGAGACACCAAGAUACCCACGCUGAAAACCACACACAGCAAAUAUUUUCCUUGCCCCUAGUCAACCUGUCAUACAUACCCAUCCUCAAAUGUCUCACAUGCAGGGUCAGGGCGUUUGCUCUGUAUGUCGCCCCGAAGCUCUUGGGAUUUUAACCAUGCCCUCUUGGGAAUACAGUUAGGAAGGUGAAGUCAGAGCUCACAAUGAAGGCUUCUGCUCAGGUGAAUUUUGGAGUCCAUGGGAGAUUUUUGCAAAGCUUUCUUCUCUGAUUCUUUAACUCUUCUGUGGUAUGCCAUACCUUGGUUUUACUAGCCACUUAUGGCUCUAUACCAUGGACCAUCAGAAUGACAUAAUUUGAAGAUUUUCUUGGGGAAAAUGCUUUAUUAUUUCUUUUGGUGGCACCAGAAGUUUCCACUGAGGAAGUGCUCCCACAGAGGAAGUGCAUGGUGGUGGAGACAUCUAGCCUACUCACCAUGACAUCCCCACUGUGUCAGUGACUAACUGGUUGGCAGUGGUUUCGGUCCUUUUUAUUUCUAAAACAGGAGAAAUGCCCGGUGCUAUCUGUCCCCACCAAGUAUCCCUCAGCGAAUUCACACAUGGCAUGACCCUGCUACACUGGUCACAGCGUGAGACCCUUGUACUUCUGAAAGGUACGGGGGCCAUGCUGCCAUCCCUUCCAGCUGUAGGAAGGUUCCUAUAGCCUUUCUGAUGGGGUGUUCUGAGCCCCGGGUGCUUGCUGAGCCCAAGAGCCUCUUUCUUCACCACCUUGCUCUUAGUCAACCACCGCCCCAUCCUGGCUUAACCCCCCCUCCCCAGAGUUCCACCCCAGCACAAUGGCAUGGGUUGACUCUAGGGACCACCAACUGGAGUCCUUGUGGAACAUGGGGACCAUGUGUUCACAGAUGGUCCUCUCCACCUGGAUCUGUGGCUUUUCCCAACAAUGAAGACUAAGUCUCAGAUCUUCUUGGCUCCUGCCACACAAUGGUCAUCUCAGCCACCUGUUCACCUGACCAUAUUUUUGUGUGGGAGCUUGAUGUGCUAUCGUGUCUGAUUGGAGACUGACCAGCGAAUCAUAGAAGUGGCCAAGGUCAGUAGAGUGUUGCAUUAAGUUAAGUCAUGUGGUUCCCAGGGUCAGGCAGUCUGACUACAGAGCUUUCUUUGGUGGCUGGUGCAGACAGAUUUGAAACGAUAGAAAACUGUAUCAGCAGCUACAGCUUCUGAGGGAGGGGGAGUCAGUUUUCUCUUAAGAGUGGCCACUGGUGGGUUGACCAUGCUCCACUGCAUGCUCACACACGCAAGAGCUUAUGUGCAGUCACAAAGUGGUCUUGAUGGAGAUUUUAAAAGAUAGGUGUGUGUGUUUUCAUAUCCACCCACUCUUUGGACACCCCAUUUGAUGGCUGUUCUGUCAGACUGCAGGGGAUGAAGCCUGUAUCCCAAGUCUCUGCUUGUGUGCAUGCACUCCACUCCUCAGUCCCGAGGGUGAGGCUGGUGGCAUGUGAAACAGGCCUCUGGGCAGGGGCCACAUUAUUAAGACAAACUUGUAAAGGGCCCUUAAAAAUGAAACAUUUGUAAACAGCAGUAAAAACUUGAAACAUUGAAAUAAAGUGUUGAAAUUGAA